UAAUUUGUUCAGCCUGCGCAGCAGUUCCAUUAAUAGGGUCAGUUUUUUUUUUUCUUUCUUUAAUAAGUCGAGUAAAUCCAGUUCAGUUUUGAUCAGACUGGGGAGUUCACUAAGUCUGCUGAGGGUUUCAGGAGCAAGUAGCGUAGCAAGUACAGGAGCAUAACCCUAGAAAUGCGGUGGAUAUUUUACAAUGCUUGGGUGUGGGUCCUGCUCACUAUUCCAUUCCAAAGUGAAGCCAUACCUCCGAUGAGAUAUUCUCAUGCAGGAAUCUGUCCUAAUGAUAUGAACCCAAAUCUUUGGGUAGAUGCGCAGAGCACUUGCAGGAGAGAAUGCGAAGAUGACCAGGAAUGCGAAACUUAUGAAAAAUGUUGCCCAAAUGUCUGUGGGUCAAAGAGCUGCGUGGCGGCACGGUACAUGGAUGUCAAAGGAAAGAAGGGCCCGGUGGGAAUGCCAAAGGAGGCCACGUGUGAUCUCUUCAUGUGUACACAGCAAGGCUCUGAGUGUGAAAUUUGGGAUGGCCAGCCGAUCUGUAAAUGCAAAGACAGGUGCGAGAAAGAGCCAAGUUUUACUUGUGCAUCUGACGGCCUAACAUAUUACAACAGGUGCUUCAUGGAUGCGGAGGCUUGCACCAAGGGAAUGACACUGACUGUAGUCACCUGCAAAUACCAUCUCUCUUGGCCUAAUACUAGCCCAGCACCUUUCCAAACAACUUCAAAUCCAACCAUAGCUUCUCUGGAAACUACUUUUAAAAAUGGCAUCCCUCCCACCUUGGUGAACAACCCUUUUGAGAAGAUGGUCGAUGUAGGGGAUACAGUGAGCUUCCAUUGCGACGUUACUGGCAAACCUAUGCCAGAGAUCACCUGGGAAAAACAGGUUGACGGAAAGGAAAAUGUUAUAAUGCGCCCUAACCAUGUUGUGGCAAAUAUAGUGGUGACCAACAUCGCCCAGUUGGUGAUAUAUAACACACAGCUGCAAGAUGCUGGGAUAUAUACAUGUACUGCCAUGAAUUCAGGAGGGGUAAUCAAGGUUAACUUUCCCUUAUCUGUGAAGGAGGCACCAGUCAAAGAAAAGUCCACCAACAAGACAUUUUUUCCAACAGAUGAGUGCCUGAAACCCCCAGACAGUGAAGAUUGUGGGGAAGAACAGACUCGGUGGUAUUUUGAUGCCAAGACAAACAAUUGCUUUAUAUUUAUAUAUGGCAACUGCAACAGCAAUCUGAACCAUUUCGACACGUAUGAAUCGUGCAUGUUGACCUGCAUGAAUGGGCCUGUCAGUGUCUGUAAUUUUCCAGCUCUUCAAGGUAUGUGUAAAGCAUACAAGCCGAGAUGGGCCUACAGCAAACAGUUAAAACAGUGCCAGUCCUUUAUUUACGGCGGAUGCGGAGGGAAUGAAAACAAUUUUGAAACUAAAGAGAUCUGCGAAGACAUGUGCCCCUUCCCUAAAAACCAAAAGUGCAAGAUCUGCAAACCCCGACAAAAACUGGUGAUGAGCUUCUGUAAAAGUGAUUUUACCAUCCUUGGCCGCAUAACAGAACUGACUGAGGAAUUUGAUUCUGGACACGCUCUUGUCUCCGUUGAAGAAGUUCUGAAAGAUGAUAAAAUGGGACUGAAAUUUCUGGGCAAAGAACCACUUGAAAUCACUCUGCUUAACAUUGACUGGAGCUGCCCAUGUCCCAAUGUGACACUGGUCAACAGUCAGCUGAUCAUUAUGGGCGAUGUGCACAAUGGAAUGGCUACGUUAAAGCCUCACAGUUUCAUUGGCAUGUCGAAUGCCCGACGCAUAAGAAAGCUGCGUGAAGUCAUUCACAACAAAACGUGUGACCUUCUUAAGGAGAUUUUAGCACAGCCUUAA